UAUGAACGUAAGACGAUAUGAAAGGGACGACAUGUCAUUUGGGAUUAUUGACUGACUAGUUUGUUGAAUCAAUACUUUAAAUUAGGCAUUUGCAGUCAGUUAAAAGCUAAAUGAUCUGGGAAGAUACAUACCCGAGCUCCCAAUUUUGGGGAAAAGGCACAAAAACCCCAAAGUUGGGAGCUUAGGAUACACCUCAUCGGGACAUUUAGUCAAACAGCAAUUCCAGCCAACUAAUCGAGUUCCUCAUUACGGACCUACAAUUCUCAGUGCUAUGCUUGAGGACAGAUAUUUCUAAAUUUCGUUACAAUGGAUAUUUUUAUUGGUCGUACAUUAUCCAAAACACGGAUAUUAUCUGCGUGUUGUUUAAUCAUCAUUUCGAUUUCGACAAUACACAGUAAUAUAUUAGACAAAUGCAGCAUUUCUCAAAGUCGUUUAGCACGUUCCAUCUUAAAUGAGAAAAGAUUGUUUUCCCAUUAUUUAAAUAUACAGGUGUUGCUAUGAACGAACUAUGCCCUUUUCAUCCUAAACAUGAUAUUUAUGCUAUUCAUGAACAAAUGAAAAAUAAAAUUUCUGAUUAUGAUUGGGAAUGUCAAAUGUGUGGUAAACGAUUCUACACAGAAAAUACAUUUGAUUUACAUAUUGGCAAUAGACAUGAAACAAAUGCUUAUAGUACCAGUCGUACAAUUUGUUUAUCGUCCUAUUGUUCGCUACUUCGUUGUUCUGUACUAAAACCAGAUAUUGAUUAUGGUUAUCAAGUGUUUUGGGAUGAAGCAUUAUGUGAUCCAAAGUCGUUUGAAGCUAUUUCAAAGCAAUGUGAGGACAUCUUGAAUAAAUGUACACCAUCCGGAAAUGACAGUAGCAGUACACAAAUACGUCAACUACUUCAAACUACAUUAUGUGAUCAGUUAUCUUGUGAUCGAUAUUGGAUUUUACCAGAUUCACAUAUUCAAACUUCUGUAUGGGAAAAAUUACUCACUGCAUUUAUCGUAACAUCUGGUUUAUUGACUUAUUAUUCUGUAAUAUUUAUGAGAUUAAGUUCAUCGUUCUGUCGUUUACGUAUUUCCAGUCUUUCUAUUCCACGAAGCAGUAAAAAAGCAUUUCGAUCCUAUUACUGACAAAAAAAUAAAAUGUGAUCAUGAAUAUCUCUACACUAAAUGACUGAUUUCGGUAAUAAUAAAAAAAAACAAAAUGUUGUACAGUUUACAAAAUAAAUUCCAUUUUUAUUUUGAUUAUAACAAUCUGGUAUUUCUUCGUUGGUGGUAUUUUGUGAAUUGAUUUUCGUGAAUUCGUAACUUGAUGAAUAAAUAAUGGUUAAUGUGUUACGGUGUUUUAACUUGUAAAUACUACUGAUUUCAAGUUUCAGUGUAAUGUGAACACCAACACCCGAGUGCAAGAAAAAUUUAAUCAAGAAGUUUCGCACAAAAGUAUACUUAUUUCUUGAAUCCGACUAUUAGUUUGCAAAAAGACAUGUUCAAAUUUGUACUUUGUAAAUAAUAGGGUUUUUAACUUUAUUCAUCAACUACACAUAC